GUUUGUUCUGCUGCUACUUCCUGAAUGUUUGCAGUUCAGAGCUGACUGCUUUCAUCAGGAAACAGUGAAGUCUGCUCAGUUAGUUUGAUCUCUAAAGAUGUCCACACAAACUGAAGCUGCAGCAGAUUGGAGAGUGAAAUUUAGCAGAAAUCUUCAUCCAGAUGGAAGAGAACAAAGUGAGGUGGAGAUGUUAGAUGAUGAAGAGCAGCACUCUGAUCAUGGAUUCCAACAAACUGAAAAUCAGAAGCAGAAGAAUCUUCAAGCUGAGAGAAGAAACUGUUUCAGAGUUUUCAAGUUUUCUCUGGGAGUUUUCUAUUUUCUGAUUCUGGCUGGACUCAUGACUCGCAACCUUCUGGUGUCUUUGGAAAACAACAGACUGAAAAGCAGUAACAAUGACCUGCAGACUGAACUUUCAGGCAUCAACAAAACUCUUUGGGAUGAAAUAAAACAGCUGAAAAAUCAGAUUGAAGUCUAUGAAGGAAAACGGUGUCCUGAUUCAUGGAUGAGAUUUGGAUGCAGCUGCUACUAUAAAUCUACUGAGAAGAAAACUUGGAAUGAAAGCAGGGAUUUCUGUCAGGAAAAUGGAUCUGAUCUGGUGGUGGUGAACAGCAAAGAGGAACAGGAUUUUCUUUCUACAUUGGAACCAACAUCAGAAUCCUGGAUCGGUCUGUUUGCUGAAUGGUCAUCAGAUAAAUCUGAAUGGAAAUGGGUGGAUGGAUCACCACUAACAGAAACGUUCUGGGAUGAGAGGAUUUCAGAAAAUCCGUACAAUGUCUAUGCAGUGACCUUAUGUGCUGAUAGGACAUGGACACAACAGAACAGAGGAUUCAACAAAAACUGGAUCUGUGAGAAAUACAUAACAUUCUGAAUCUAUUUGUUCCUGAGCUGUGCAUUAAUUUAACUGUUUAGUAAUGUAACUACAAAAAUGUUUUAUCUUUUUUUUAUUUCUUUUUGUUGACUUCUACAAAAUAGUGCCUAAAGGAAGGUUGUAUUUUAGUUUCUGGUGAAUUGUUCAGAGAAAUGAAGGUGUCAUCUAUCAACAACUUCAUCACAUUU